AUGUUGUUCGGAAAUGUCACUAUCAACAAUCAAUCGGAAUUGCUUAUAUUGAAAGAGAAAAUGGCAAAUGUCACUCGAAUCAACGGCGGCCUGUCUGUGAUUAACACUUCCUUUGUGGAUCUGUCAUUUCUGAGCUCAGUGGAAAUAAUUGAAUUGAAUCCUUUGAAAUCAAAGUAUCUUGCAAGUGUUAACAUUCAAAACAAUCGAAACUUGUCUUCACUCGGAUUCAAUGCAAAACGUGAUGGACUUUAUUUAACAAUUCGGAACAAUCCAAAGCUAUGUGUCACACCACAAGAACUGGAUAACCUAUUUUAUGGUAUUUCCCUUGAUUCUGAUUUAGAUAUAGACAUCUGUUACAAUAACAAAACACCGUCAUAUUGGUGUGACGUCUCAAAGUUUGCAGGACUCAAGGACCUGCCAGACGGAUGUUCUGAUAUGACAGGAGAUUUGGUUAUUGAUCAAGACUUCGAUUAUGCAAGUGCUUAUAAGCUAUACGGCUUGAGAAAUAUCUAUGGGAGUUUAACUAUCACCAAUAGCUCCAUUCGUAAAACAAGCAUGUUUCCGAAUCUUCACAACAUUAGAUCUGUGAAGGAUGAUAGAAUACCUCUUCAUGUGUACAAUAACUCUAACCUCUCUGACUUAUUCAAAAUGUCUCAGCUACGAGGAAUGGAGAGUGGGUUGGCUGCUACAAUUGAGGACAACCCAAACCUAGAAACCUGGCAACUAACUUGUGUGGUGAUGAAGACCCGGAAAUCUCCAGUUGUGAAAAAAAAUUUGAAUAAUUGCGGAGAGCAAACCUCAACAGUUGUAAAAAGAUAUGACAAGACACCACUAAAUGUUGAUGUUUAUCACGGUCUCCCUUCAUAUCCAGAUGUUUCGAUAGGUGGUGAUAGCCAUGAAGACCCGGGAAAACUGAAUAAUCCGUGGGACUUGAAUGGCACUGACUCUACCGACGUUGAUUAUGUUGCAACUACAGAAAAUAACAGCUUUGCAUUGAAAACAGUGUACUUGAUUUGUUUGAUCAUUUUUGUUUAUUUAUACCAUGAUUCAUAA